CAUAACAAUUUAAAUAAAAUUUAUUACGUAUUUUUCUAAAAAAAUACGUAACAAAUAAUGACGAAUUAAAUAUAUUUUGGUGAUAAGUUAAUGCAGUGCAGUGGUGUUUGCGUGAUGUGUUCAGGAUGUGGCUGGCUCUCGCUCUGCUGUUGGUCCUGACCGAUGCUCUCGCAUCUAACUCCAGCAUCCCAACAUUCGCAGAUGUGUGGCAGUCAAUCCAGUACUUGCCGCGCAAGUCGAACGUGCGUCGUCAGCGGGCCAUCCCCGCGAGCACGCCGUUCCCGUGUGCUGACUCGCUGGCGUGGGGCCGCAGUCGCCAGCGGCCGCGCUCCGUGCACCGCCUGCGCCCCGGGGACAUCGACGUCGUCGCCGCCAUCGGGGACUCCCUCGUCGCGGGCAGCGGAGCCCUAGAGGAGUUCGCACUCGGUGCUAUCGUUGAGUACAGGGGCGUAUCCUGGUGUGCAGGGGGCGACAGCACUUGGCGGGAGUUCCUUACGCUGCCUAACAUUUUGAAGGAGUACAACCCUGGUCUGCGCGGCUACGCGACCGGCACGGGCGAGUGGCUGGCCCGCAACGCACGCCUCAACGUCGCCUUCCCUGUCGCCUCCGACGAGGAUGCCUAUAAGCAAGCUAAAAUAUUGGUGGCGCGCAUGCGUGCGUCGCCCGACAUCAACAUGGAGCAGGACUGGAAGAUGGUGACAGUGUUCAUAGGCGCCAACGACCUGUGCUCGGCCUCUUGCCUCUCGCCCGUGGCCUGGUCGCCCGCCGCGCACGCGCGCAAGCUCGCACGAGCACUCGACUACUUCUACGACCACAUGCCCAGGACUAUUGUCAAUCUUAUACCAGUACUAGACGUGUCGGUGUCGGUGCGCGUGGUGCGGCCGCUGAUGUGCCGGCUGAUGCACUCGCUGUUCUGCACCUGCUUCCACCGCGGCGGCGGCGAGCUGGCCGACCUCGUGCACAUGGCCAGGCUCUACCAGAAGGCUGAAGUCGCACUGGUGGAGAGCGGGCGCUACGACGGGCGCGAGGACUUCACAGUGGUGGUGCAGCCCUUCAUGCGGCUGUUCAACGCGCCGGCCGCGCUGACCGCGCCGCGCGCCCCGCUGCCGCUCGUCAUACACCGCUCCUACAUCACGCACGACUGCUUCCACUUCUCGCAGAAGGGACACGCGCUCGCUGCGAACUUGCUGUGGAACAACCUGCUGGAGCCGGUGGGCAACAAGUCGGACAACGUGCCGCCCGUGCUGCUGAAGUCGUUCCGCUGCCCCUCGCCGCGCGCGCCCUUCCUCUUCACCGCCAACAACUCGCGCGCCUUCCUGCGCUCCGGCCGCCAGGACGGCGCUGACCUCUUAUGACGGAACCAUAUUUUAGAACACAAAAUGCAUAAACGCCAUCUAGUUUAAAUUAUUGUGAACUACAAAUUAAUUUACUACUUUAGUAUGAUGGAUGUUUCCUGUUGGACCGAUCAAUACGAAUGAUGAGGUUUUUUCCCGUUGGACCGAUUAAUUGUAUGAAUUCGAUCGGCACAGUAGGAAAUACCUGACAGUCAAAAAAUUGACAGUCAAAGAAUUAUACAUAGAAGUGAUUCAAGGAAACAACUGCUAUUAGAUUUCAAUUUCUUGUUU